UUCGUAGCGACUCACGCCGAAUUUUGUAUUUUACAGCUGCUCGUUCGAAUAAGUCCUUGUCAAGAGGUAUAGGAAUAGCAAUACAGCGACAGGAAUCCAUCAACAUGAGUAGUGAAGAUGGGGAUGAGGGGCGGGAAGUAAACGUUUCCGAAUGGAUUGCCAACGCCAUCGCCGACACGGGUUGUCGGGUAGUGUACGGCGGGCACGGUGGGGCGCUGGUACCGUUGGUCAAUGCGGUGAGCGCACAUCCAGCCCUGCGCUGGGUCUACGCCCGCAACGAACACGACGCCGCGACCAUGGCGGCAGCUCACGCCAAGUAUACGGGCGGGCUGGGUUGCGUCAUUGCCACGUCGGGUCCGGGCGCAACCAAUCUCACCACCGGUCUCUUGGAAGCCGCGUGGGACAAGGUCCCCCUUCUCGCCGUUACCGGGAUGAAACCCACUUCCGUGAUUGGCUACUCCGAGUUCCAGGACGUCAAUCAGUCGCGUUUGUUUGCAGGUGCCGGCAUUGAAUGGUCCAAGGACGCGACGUCGGCCGAUUCCGCCAUUCCCCUGUUGCGGGACGCCGUCGCCACGGCCUUGUCCCGUCGGACCUGUGUGCACCUGGCCAUUCCCGUUGACAUUCAGGCCGCCGCGUCGCCUUUAAAGCUGAAACACUUUUGUGCCUCCCACGCGAACGUGGGAUUGCGGCCGCCCCGGGUGGAUGCCGAGUACGUCCAUCAGGCCGCCGCAACCCUCGUGGGUGUACCGGAAGAGCGCAAACCCCGUAACGUCAUUGCGGUAGGCCUCCGGGCGCGUUGUCACGGGAUCGGUGGAGAUGUCCAUCCCGAUAUUUCGAAAGCGAUUCUGGAAUUGGCCGAAGCUUUGAACGCUCCCGUCUUGACCCGGCUGCACGCCAAAGGUAUCGUCGACGAAUCGCAUCCGCUUUCGUUCGGAGUCAUUGGAGUGCACGGUAAACCUGGAUUGGAGAAAGCGGCCGCUUUGAUCAGUACUUCCGAUCGCAUUCUCAGUAUCGGCGUAGAAGACGAAACUUUGUUGCUCUGUAACGCUGCCGGCUUGCAAAUUCGCAAGUUGAUUGAAAUCCAGCCCGAUGCCAUGGCGGUCGGGACCCGUUACAAUGCGGAACACACCAUUUUGGGAGAUAUUUACGAGAUUUGCACGCAGUUGACCGAACGAGUAGAAACCUUGUCGGUCAAGGUUGAGAAGAAGCGCAAUCUCGUGGCGCACCAGAGGGAUCCCAACAAUGGUCUCCACAAUCAUCGUCGAGAGAACACGUUGGAAGAAUUCGGCUACGCAGCUUUUGGCAAUCCCGACGCGGUCAUGGACGAAAAUGAGGAAUUGACAUUGCCCGCACUCAAAGAAACGGGUCCGGACGAAAUGAGACGGCGUACCGAUCGGCUUUGGCAAGCUAUGCAUGCGGCUAACUGGAAAGAGUUGGCCAAGCUGAGCGACGGCCCCAUUCAGUUCGAAUGCGAUAGUGCGCCAGACUCGGACGGCUACUGCCAUCCCGCCUCUGUCCUGCAGGCCUUAUCCGACGCACGGAUGGAUUGCAACGGCACGGACAAGGUGUCUCGCGAGGCCGUUAUUGCGGUAGAUGUGGGGGACGUUACGUUGUGGGCAUCCUUAUGCUUACGACUCACCGCGGGUUCCCGGACGUUGUAUUCGGAACACUUGGGAACCAUGGGGUACGCCUUGAAUGCGGCCAUUGCCGGUAUUCUAGCAAGAGACGGUCCGGCGGGAGCCGUUGUUCUGUCCGGGGAUGCCGGUUUCCAAAUGACGCUGGUCGAGCUAGCGACGUUCCAACAAAUGAAACGAGACGGUGAUAAACUGCUGUGUGUCGUCUUUGACAAUCAAGUGAUGGGUCGGGUAGCUUUUGGGUUUGAAAAUGCGGCUGGUUGCGACGUCGGUGGCCCAGACUACGUAGCCUUGGCAAAAGCUUAUGGUGGGGACGGGGUGUUACUGGACGAUAGCCGCAAGGCACCUCAGGUUGUCAGGGAUGCUUUGAUCAAGGAAGGGCUUUACAUUGUUCACGUGAAGGUGGACCCACAUGUAAAAGCAGACAUGGCCUCAUUCAAAGACAAUUCUCUCAAAGUUAUGAAUAGUGGUUGAGUUUGAAUGAGAGCUGAAUUUCGUAUAUCUGUUAAGAGAUGCGUGGGGGUAAAAGGAGUCAUACUCCGAACUAGAUACCCUAACUGUAAGUAGUUUGCGAGUCAAACAGACG